ACAGGAAGUGAUGUCAGGUACAGACAGGAAGUAGAGAGGAGACGUUGGUGGACAUGGCAGCAGAGGAGUUAUCCGUCUACAAGGAGACCUGUAUAGAUCACAUGAUGGCACCAAUGAGGAUGGAGGAGGACCGGAGUCACAUAACUGAGAAGAUACUAAACCUCACCCUGGAGAUCAUCUACCCUGACUUGAUAGAGAUUUCCUCUUCUGAAGUCAGGUGAUCAUAUGACCAUCACAGUGCCUCCAUGUGACUCCCUAAACCCUGAGAGACACAACAUGCAGAAGAUUCUAGAAGUCACCAAGAAGAUGAUGAAGCUGCUGACAGGAGAGGAGUGGGAGUAUUUAGAAGGACACAAGGAUCUCUACAAGGACGUCAUGAUGGACAAUCAGCCGCCCCUCACAUCACCGGAUGGAUCCAGUCAUGGGAACCCACCAGAGAGAUGUCCCCGUCCUCUGUAUUCCCAGGAUUCCACACAGGAAGGUCACACCAUCCCUCACCAUCAUCAGAGUGGAAUCCUCGGGGAUGAUAAUAUUGAUGUUAAAGAAGAGUAUAAAGAGGAGGAGGAUGAGGAGUAUGGAGUGAUGGAGGAGUUUUCAGAAGGACACAAGGAUGUGAUGGAGCCACCUAAUACCAGGAACCCACCAGAGAGAUGUCCCCGUCCUCUGUAUUCCCGGGAUUCCACACAGGAAGGUCACACCAUCCCUCACUAUUACAAGAGUGGAGAUCCAAUCGAUAUAGAAUUUGAGGUGAAAGCAGAAGAAGAAGAGGCGUAUGUGAGGGAUGAUCAGCAGUCUAUGGAGGAGGAUGGAAUAACGGGGACAUUUAUAGAGGAGGACACUCCUACAGAGAUCAGCACAGUCCAUGGCCGGGCGAUGAGGAAAACUUCCGAGGAUUGUCUCACUUUGUCUCCAGACUGGAAAGUAGAAGAUGAGGACAUCACACAGUAUAGUCCAGGAGAAAACCCGGCUCCCUCCAAUGUCCAUCCGGCACCACCCAGUGUAGAUGGACCAUCGGAUUCCUCGUAUCCUGAGGAACCUCAGACUGUGCGGGACCAGGCCAGCCUUCCAACAGGGAAGAGCUUCUCCUGUACUGAGUGCGGGAAGGGUUUCAGUUCUAAAUCCAAAUUUAAUGUGCAUAAAAGAUCUCACACGGGGGAGAAGCCAUAUUCCUGUCUUAAGUGCGGGAAAUGUUUUUCAGUGAUGUCCAGUCUUUACACACAUCAAAGAUCUCACUCGGGGGAGAAGCCAUAUUCCUGUCCUGAGUGCGGGAAUUUUUUUCAGUGAAGUUCAAUCUUUCCAUUCAUCAGAGAUCUCACACAGGGGAGAAGCCAUAUUCCUGUCUUGAGUGUGGGAAAUGUUUUUCAGUUAAGUCCAAUUUUUAUAGACAUAAUAGAUCUCAUACGAGGGAGAAGCCGUAUUCCUGUCCUGAGUGCGGGAACUGCUUUUCAGAGAAGUCCAUUCUUCAUAAACAUCAGAAAUGUCACACGGGGGGGGAAAUCAUUUUCCUGUCCUGAGUGUGGAAAAUAUUUUUCAGCUAAGGCCAAUCUUUAUAGACAUAAGAGAUCUCACACAGGGGAGAAGCCGUAUUCCUGUCCUGAGUGCGGGAAAUGUUUUUCACAGAAGUCCCAUCUUUCUAAACAUCAGAGAUCUCACACGGGGGAAAAGCCACUUUCCUGUCCUGAGUGAGGGAAAUGUUCCUCACUGAAGUCCUGUCUUCCUGUACAUCAGGGGCCCCACACCACCCUGGAGGUGUAUUAGUGCCCUGAGUG